AUGUCCAGCAAAAUCGAAACAGUGGUUGUACUCGGAGGCUCUGGAAAUCUAGGCGUUCUUGUUGUCUCGGCUCUUAUCAGCACCGGCUUCAAGGUUUCAGUGGCUGUUCGGCAAUCCUCAGCAACGGCUUACGCUGCGUCAGUGACAGUCUAUAAAACCGACUACUCGAAAGAUUCUCUUGCUUCAAUUUUCCAAGGGCAGGACGCAGUGAUUUCCUGCAUUCCUCGAACACGAGUUGCAGAUCAAAAGACUGUAGUUGAUGCCUGUAUCCGUGCCGGCGUAAAGCGCUUUCUACCUAGCGAAUAUGGUGGCGACACAACAUUGCCUGAUAUUGAGAAACGGAUCUCAUUUACUGCUGGGAAAAAGGAAUUUGGGGACUAUCUCGUAGGGAAAGAAUCAGCGGGCCUUACUUGGACAAGGGUUUUUACUGGCCCGUUCUUCGACUGGAUGCUUACCCAGUCUGCGCGAGAAAUGAAUCUUGGCAUGGGUGUAAUGGGCUGGGAUCUUGAGUCGUUUAAAGUUACCAUGUUCGAUUCUGGUGAUCAAGAAUUCAGCUGCACCAACAUAAAGACCGUUGCGGAGGCUAUUGCUUCUGUGCUCACGCAUGCAGAUGAUACCAAGAACCAAAAUGUUUACGUCAGUUCGUUCCCGCGGUUAACUCAAAAUGAAGUAUUGGCAGCUCUUGAGCGACUUUCUGGCAGAAAAUUUGAAGUAACCCAAGCUUCCACGGACGAUCUUGCAGCAAAGGGUGAAGCACGCAUCAAGCGUGGCGAGUGGUUACAAGGAUACAUUGAAACUGUAUCGGCCUCUUGUUAUGCGCCUUGGGGUUAUAACACGUUUGGUGCUCGUGCCGAAAAAUGGAAUGCUAUUUUAGAGCUAGCCAAGGAGAAUCUAGAUGACACCUUGAUACAGGUACUAGGAAUAAGCAACAAAUAG